CACCUGAUGGCUGGGCGGGUUCCCCUGGGCGCAGACCGGGCAGCAGUGGCAGGCGAGAUGGAAACCACCUUCACUGAGAAUCUCAGAUACGCUGCUGACCUCCUGGGCCAGGAAGACAUGAUUGGACUGGUGGAGCCUAUCAACAACCGCAUCACUGACCCUCGCUACUUUCUGAACACCCCGCACCAAGCUGCUGCCAUCCUGGAAAAGGUGGGACGGCCCAACCUGAAGCUGCAGCUGGACCUCUUCCACUGCCAGAUCAUGGAUGGGAAUUUGUCACGCAACCUGGAGACAUACUUCCCACUCAUCGGUCAUAUCCAGAUUGCACAAGUGCCGGGGCGGCACGAGCCUGACAGCCCUGGGGAGUUGAACUUCCCCUACAUCUUUGAGCUCCUGGAGUCCCUCAGCUAUGCUGGUUACGUAGGGUGCGAGUACGCUCCGAAAGGAGACACUCUGGAAGGUCUGGGCUGGCUGCGCUCAUACUGGGAGAGCCGAGGCCUGCAGCAUGGUGGGACCAGCAAGGCAGCAAAGUAAAACAAGGAAAACACUGGAAUAAAAGUCAA